GCUCCGCGCCAGCCUCUCCCCCUCAGGGGCAGGGGCGGGGCCGAUGACGUCACCGCGGCGCGCGGCGCGGGGCCCGGGGCGGAGGGUGAUGUAAUACCCGUAACGGCCCCGCUCCGUGCGACAUCCGGGUACCCUGCCGGGGUGCUGCUUUUUUCUUUUCCGCCUUUUUUUUUAACUCUUUCUUUUUUUCCUUUUUUUUUUUUUAAUCCGAAAAGCUCCAUUUGUCGCUUUUUUUGGAGUGUUUUAAUGAUGUGAUUUUUUUUUUUUUUUUUUAAACGGGGGAGGGAGACGGCGAGGAGGGAAAGGGCGCGGGGGCGCGCGCGCGCGCUCCCGCCUCCCCUCCCCUGCGGCGUGCGCGCCUGCGCAGAGGGGCGGCGGCGGCAGCGCAGUGCGAGUGUGUCCGUGUGUCCGCCCGUCCGUCCGUCCGUCCGUCCGCGGCCGGCGCUCCGCGCGGCGCUGCGCGGGUGGGCGCGGAGCAGCUCGGGCGGGGGACGGGGACGGGGUGGGGGGGGACCGGCGGCGGGGGCGAGAUGAGCGCUGGGCUCCCCCUGGGCACAGAGCCGCCCUGUGAAUGAGCUGAGGCGAGGCCGCCAGCCGGGUGCCCCCCUCCUUCUCCUCCUCCUCCUCCUCCUCCUCCUCGUCCCCCCCUCCUUCCCCUUCUCCCCCGCGCACCGCCGGGAGCGCGGCCCUGCCCGCACAGCCGGCGCCGACGCCGCGGCCGGGGGGAACUGAAGGAAGGUCACCAUGGGAGCAUUUUUAGACAAGCCAAAGAUGGAGAAGCAUAAUGCCCAGGGGCAGGGGAAUGGGCUGCGUUACGGUCUGAGCAGCAUGCAAGGCUGGCGCGUGGAAAUGGAGGAUGCACACACGGCUGUGAUCGGUUUGCCAAACGGACUUGAUGGAUGGUCCUUUUUUGCUGUCUAUGAUGGGCACGCUGGAUCACAGGUUGCCAAGUACUGCUGUGAGCAUUUAUUAGAUCACAUCACGAGCAACCAGGAUUUUAAAGGGCCAGAUGGGCCACCAUCUGUGGAAAGUGUAAAGAGCGGCAUCAGAACAGGUUUUCUGCAAAUUGAUGAACACAUGAGAGUCAUCUCCGAGAAGAAGCAUGGCGCAGACAGAAGUGGGUCAACAGCUGUGGGAGUCAUGAUUUCUCCCCAACACACGUACUUCAUCAACUGUGGAGACUCGAGAGGUUUGCUGUGUCGAAACAGGAAGGUUCACUUCUUCACACAGGAUCACAAACCCAGUAACCCGCUGGAGAAGGAGCGUAUACAGAACGCAGGUGGCUCCGUAAUGAUUCAGCGUGUGAACGGCUCCCUUGCUGUUUCAAGGGCACUCGGGGACUUUGAUUACAAAUGUGUCCAUGGGAAAGGUCCUACAGAACAGCUGGUCUCACCCGAGCCUGAAGUUUAUGAGAUUGAGAGAUCAGAAGAAGAUGAUCAGUUCAUCAUCCUGGCUUGCGACGGUAUCUGGGAUGUUAUGGGAAACGAAGAGCUCUGUGACUUUGUAAGAUCCAGACUUGAAGUCACUGAUGACCUUGAGAAAGUUUGCAAUGAGAUAGUUGACACCUGCUUGUACAAGGGAAGUCGAGACAACAUGAGUGUGAUAUUGAUCUGUUUUCCGAAUGCACCAAAGGUAUCACCAGAGGCGGUGAAAAGAGAGGCAGAGUUGGACAAGUACCUGGAAAGCAGAGUAGAAGAGAUCAUAAAGAAGCAGGGUGAAGGAGUGCCAGACUUAGUCCACGUGAUGCGUACGUUAGCAACUGAGAGCAUCCCAAACCUCCCACCCGGGGGGGAGUUGGCAAGCAAACGGAGUGUGAUUGAAGCUGUGUAUAACAGACUGAACCCCUACAGGAAUGAUGAUGCUUCUGGAUUAUCCAGAAACUGCCGCAAGGAUGGGCACUCCAGACUUUAAAGGGUUCCUUCUUUUUUCUUUAAGGAUUCUGCCUCAACUGAUGAUAUGUGGUAAAACUGCUCAUCUAGCUGUGGAGUUCACGUUUCAUCCUGCAAAUGAAAGUGCAGCCCAACCUCAGUGACCCUUCUUAACAUCCAUCCUCAACCUUAAUUAAAGAAGGGAAAAUGAUGUGUUGGUGAGAGUGACUACAGCAGUACAACAUCUAGCCCAGGAACUGAUCUUUUUUGUAAAACAGACUUCUGUAAACGUGAUUUCAAACCAUAAAUUCAUGUUGUAAAUCAGACUCCAGCAAUUUCUGUUGUAUGAUUUUGUUUUUGUAAAGUGCAAUUGUCUUUGUACAAAAUGCUCAUAUUUAAUUAUGAACCGCUUUAAAUCACUAUAAAGGUUAGAAGAAAUGUUUUGGCUUGUGUGAUGCAACAAUAUAUAUCCCUUUUAAAAAUCAUGUUGUGGUUUUGGAUUGCAAGGAGCAGCAGCCUAGCCAGCUAGGUGCUCAAGAGGUGCACAAAACUGUUAAAGAUAACUUUUUGGUUUAAAUGAAAGCUGAACUCAUGGGCAACCUACCAGAAAUUACAGUGUGUGAAUCUCGCUUGGCAGUGGAAAAAUAACUUAGGAGUAGUGCACAUUCUUCAACAAAGAAUAUAUCAUUUUCUUGGAUGCACUCCUGCUCUCACAGUGAGUGGAAGGGAUUUGUGAUUUGGAGUUCAGCAGGAGUUAAAUCAUGCCCUGUUAACAGUAUCCUGUCCAUACAUGUACCAAUGUUGGGAUUAGAAUGCCUUGGUUCUUUGCACCUCUUAUUUCAUUAACCCUUACCUGAAGUUACUAAUCACUGAGCACGAAGACAACUUUCUACAUAAAGUAGGAGUCUGCAGCAUUUUUACAAUCCUGAUUGGCUGGGUCUGCUGCUGUUCCAAGUAAAAUACUCUGAAUUCCAUUUUAUCAAUAAAGCUUGAUUUAACAAACCAGA